UGGCUGGCCGUUUCCCCGGCUAGUGCUGGCAGCUGAUUGGCUAGCCCCUGCCGUUGUCACGCUCAGCUGGUUAUAUCUCCAGAGCCAGCGGUUGGGGCAGCAGAAGGCUAGUUGCAACCUGGAGCCUUAAAGAUCACAAUAAGCCGAGACCACGGAUCUGCUGAGCCCGGAGAUCGCACGGACACGGAGAGAUGAGGGGGUUCAGUGUGUCCCAAGCGAUUCGAAGUCUGCGGACUUUCAAAGACUUCCGAGCUGGAGUUUGCCAAGGAGAUCCCCCGGUAACUAUACCCGAACAUCUGAUUGGUGGGGGUGGGGAGACGGUGCUGGGGUUAGCAGUAUUUGGGGGUGAUUGCUUAUUUAGAGUGAUUUUGGUGGUAUGGAGGGAGUUGGUGGUGUUGAUGGUACAGAGACUGGUUGGUGUAGUCUGGAGGGAUAGAGGGGAAGACUUGAGAAAGUGCCUCGGGCAUUUGACCAAUUUGAGGCCCCUUACACUCUUAGUUUACAGAUGGUGAAUAGAGUCCACUGUCUUAAUUACACCUGGAUUCCUGUUAACCGCUGGCCCCUAGGAAGCCACCUUUGACUUGUGGCUAAUUUUUCUAUUUUUAAUUUAGCAUUUAUAUAUUGCAAACUUAUUCCCCAGUGCUUUACAAUAUUAUAAGAGGGGGGACAUUUAACAAUAAAUCAGACCAUUACAAAAUGUUACAAGAAUGAUAGAUUGAUGAGGACCCUGCUUAAAGGCGCUUACAGUCCAUAGGAGGUGGGGUAUAAAAACACAUUGAAUUGUACUCUUGCAAGGUUCAUUGUAGGUGGGUUUUAUAUUAAGAGGAAUGUUCUAAUCAUAUGUGUAUUAUUAUUAUAUAGCUUUAGUAGGUGUACAGAGGAAACACCUGUAAGUGCAGUAGGUAUUUAAAGGGACACUUAAUGCAAUAUAACUGCUUCAGUGUGCUGUAGUGUUUAAAGGAACACUAUAGUCACCUAAACAACUUUAGCUUAAUGAUACCGUUUUAGUGUAUAGGUCAUGCUUCUCAGGUUUCACUGCUCAAUUCAAUUCCAUUUAGGAGUUAAAUCACUUUGUUUCUGUUUAUGCAGCACCUUGUCACACCUCCCCUGACUCUGACACAGCCUGCAUGGAAAAAAAAAACUGGUUUCACUUUUCAAUCAGAUGUAAUUUACCUUAAACAAUUGUAUCUCUUUCUCUGUAAAUUUUAAAUUUAAUCACAUACAGGAGGCUCUUGCAGGGUCUAGCAAGCUAUUAACAUAUCAGGGGAUAAGAAAAUCUAAAUUAAACAGAACUUGCAAUAAAGGAAGGAUAAACUUUAGAUGACUCUGUACAAGAAGUGUUUAGGAAGGCUGUGCAAGCCACAGGCAUAGAGGUGUGAAUAGGGUUCAUAAAGUGAUUUAACUCCUAAAUGGCAGAGAAUUGAGCAGUGAGACUGCAGGGACAUGAUCUAUACGCCAAAACUGCUUCAUUAAGCUAAAGCUGUUUUGGUGACUAUAGUGUCCCUUUAAGAGUCAAACUGUUUUAGUAAGGUUUGACAUGGUCUAGCCCUUCUUGAGAUAUCGGCUAAAGCAGAAGUGUUGUCUGUUUCAUUAGCAUUCAUUGGUAGAGUGCAUCAGCGGACUUUCCUCAACCAACUAAUUCUCUACUAAAAUGGAUGAAUUGCUAUUACAAAUGUGAAAGUAAGAACUUCCAUUUUAGCAAUAAUAAUAAAAAAAAAAUUCGACAGCAGGUGCCCAGGGGAGUCCGGUACUUAAGAAACGACUCUACAACAGUUCGAAUCUUACAUGGACACUAUAGGCACCAACACAACUUAAGCUUAAUGAAGCAGUUUUGGUGUGUAUAUAUCAUGCCACAGCAGUCUCAAUGUUACGUUUUCUGCCAUUAAUGAGUUAAAUCACUUUGUUUAUGCAGUUCUAGCCACACCUCCCUGCAAGUGACUUACACAGCCUUCCUAAAUCUUUUCUUUUAAGAGAGAUCUAAUGUGCAAACUUUCUAUUCUACAUAGUCUGUUUAACUUAGAAUUUCUUAUCUCCUGCUCUUUUAAUAACCUUUUAGACACUGCAGGUGCCUUCUGUGUGUGUGAAUAAAGUGUAAUAUACUGAGCAUGAGAUACACUUCUAAAGCAAGUUAACAUCUGAUUUAAAAUAACAAUUUCUUUUUUCAAUUCUGCCUGUUUGAGUCACACCAGGAAAAGUGUUGCUAAGGCUGCAUAUAUAGAAACAAAAGUGAUUUAACUCCUAAAUGGCAGAAAAUUAAGUCGUAAGGCUACAGAGGCAUGGUCUAUACACAAAACUGCUUCAUUAAAGGAACACUGUAGUGUCAGGAAUAUAAACAUGUAUUUCUGACACUGUGUAGUAUUUAGGUCCCUGACCCCUUUACAGACCCCUUUACAGUUGUUUGGGAAAAUAAAUAUUUUCUCCCAUAGGAAUGGGAAGCUAUUGUGCAUGCGCAGCAAAGCACUGCGUCAAUCAGCAACUCCUCAAUGGGGAACUUUCAGCGCUUCCAUGCAGAGAAUAGAGCUGCUGAACGUAGGUGCUGCACACUAGAAAAGGAAGCACCUCUAGUGGCCGUCUGAGUGAUUGCCAAUAGAGGUGUUACUAGGCCAGGGAUAGGCAACCUUCGACACUCUUGAUGCUGUGGACUACGUCUCCCACAAUGCUCUUAUAGCCAUAAUGCUGGCAAAGCAUCAUGGGAGGUGUAGUCCAAAACAUCUGCAGUGCUGAAGGUUGCCUAUCUCUGUACUAGGCAGUAAUGUAUACACUGCCUUUACUGUGAAAAGGCAGCAUUUAUAGUGCUCAAGGACAUGCUAUAGACACCAGAAUAGCAGCAUUAUGCUGUAAUGGUUCUGGUUGUGGUCCCUGGAGUACCCUGGCACCCCUCUCCCAUUCGAAGUAUUCAAAACGUUUUUGUUGUUUAAAUUCUUGCUUUGUGCUCACUAUUUCCACCAGAGAGCUUGAAGCUCCAGAGCAUACUUUCAAUGGGAGACAUGGAAUCUGGGUGGGUGGAGCCAUGAAGGGGCAUUGCAUCUGUGUCACUGGUGAGGCCCAUAGAAAAGAGGUACGCUUACUCACUGACUGCCCCCCAGCCGGCCCCUAGCCUUCAGGACCAACUAAACAUCCUUGUAAUGUGCAUGCUUAUAUUGUGCAGUAAGCUUUUAAAAACAUUUGAGUGUAGACCUUCCACUCGCUGCCACAUUAUUGCAAUGGAGACAUAAAGGGUUUGAUUUAAAAUAAAAAAUAAAAAAAAAUUAAAUUUAUGAAUUUGAAUAGAUCAAGGCUGAAAUAUAGCUAUACCUAGUUAUUUAUAGUAUGUAACUUUCUAAUUAUUUAAGGAUAGUGGUGUGCAACUUUGUGAUAGGAAGGUGAGGGACGUGGUUUUGUGCAAUCACAUGAUGCUCCUCCUUCCCCUUCUUGUUUUCAAAUGUGUGUAGGGACAAGUGUAUGGUUGUGUGCAAAUAUAAAUGAACACAAGUAUUUGCUAUCAUAGGCGUGCGCAGCCUAUUGCAUUAGGGUGUGCACCCUAAAGCACAAACACACGCCGCGCGCGCGUGUGUGUAUGUAUGUGUAUGUAUAUAUAUAUAUAUACACACACACACAUACACUGCUGUGUGUGCUGUUAGUGUGAUGUGAGGGUGUUUGUGUGUGUGUGUUUGUGACUGUGCUGUUUGAGUGUGAGGGUGUUUGUGUGUGUGUUUGUCCUGUGAGGGUGCUGUUUGUGUGAGUGUCGUGUAUUUGUGAGGGUGCUGUUUGUGUGUGUGUGUGUGAGGGUGUUGUGUGUUUUUUUUUUAAAGGUGCUGUGUUUGUGAGGGUGCGGCUAGUGUACUGUGUGUGUGUGUGAGCUGUAUGUGUGUGUGCUGUAUGUUUGGAGGGAUUUGGCAGAUUAGUAAAUCCUUGCUGCCAUGUGCCAUCCCUGGUGGUCCAAUGGAGAAUGAACUCUAGCCUGCGGGCUCCUGGCAUCACCGCGCGGUGAGAGAGCAGACAGCAGAGAGUUCCCUCGCCGCGGCUGAGCUGGAAAGCGGGGGGGGGUGGGGGGGAAUCCAUCACCUCUUGCCCCCCCAUGACGGUGAAACAGGGGCGCUGUUCCUGCAGGACUCAAACCAUAGGCGUGCCACGGGGAUUAGGGUGUGCCCAGGCACACCCCGUGCGCACGCCUAUGUUUGCUAUUCUAUGUAGAUGGACAUUCACAUAUUUAUGACUUGCUGACCGUAUAAAGUAUUUACACGUGGCCCGUUGAAUUCACAUACUCAGCAGAGGGCUGGCAACCUUUGACACGGGGUCAAGUACAAAUGCAUGUCAUUUUAUUAAGCCAGAUAUCCUAUCUCUGUGUAUAUGGUUCACAUUGGAGCAUGAUAGAGAGAGAUAGAUAUAUUACAGCAGCAUCCUUCAUUUUGAUGAAUACAGCAUGACUGAACAGUCACAGAGAUCUUUGCAUGGCUAAGUGACCCAAUCUUUGCUUACCACCAACUCUGUUACUGCCAGUGACGACCACUGUGUUUUAAAUGUCAUGAACACGGUAUCAUAUCACGAACGGUCACUGGCAAACACUUCCAAGCACAUCUGUAAUCUGGCAGCCUGCUCUACAUCCAAUACCUUGGUCCACCAGAAAAUAUCCCAGUGGUCCAGGCCUGGAGAGUGUUAAGUGAUGGCCACCUGUCCAUGCACAAAACCACACAGUGCUGAGCUAGAAAAGACAAUGCACAAUUCCAGUCAAUCAGAGGGCCACUAGAGAGUGUUCUUAGUGUGCAGCACUGGCGUUCAGCGUUUUUAUUGCAGAUCGUGGAGACUCUCAAUGUGCCCCAUAGAGAUGCAUUGAUUCAAUGCAUUUCUAUGAGGAGAUGCUGAUUGGGACAGUGUAUUGCCGUGCAUGCGCAAAAGCCACAUUGGAUUGGCAUAGAUAAAGAUUGAUGAGCUCACCCAUGGAGGUGGUGCCAGCAGCGGUGAGACUGGCUUGUCGUGGGCAAGUAAAAACAUAUUUUCCGGGUCGUAGAAAGUGUUCGGUCACCUAAGUAGUUAAACAGUAUACAUGCUUGUAUUCCUGACACCAGAAUGUUUAAAGAAACACCAAAGUGUUAUGAAUACAAAUCUGUAUUCCUAUCACUUUAGUGCCCCUGCCCUACAAUGUAGGCACCCAGACCACUUCAGCUCAUUGAAGUGGUCUGGGUGCUGUGUCCCUAUUGCACCUAAUGCUGCAAUGUUAAACACUGCAGUUCCAGAGAAACUGCACUGUUUACAUUGUAGCACUAAGUCUGCCUUCAGUGGCUGUCUACCAGACAGCCACUGGGGGUGCUUCCAGAAUUCUAAUGGACUUUUGGUCCGUUAUCUGACGCUGGACGUCCUCACACUCUACACGAGAAACUCUAACGUAAGAUUUUUCACCAUAGAAAAGCAUUGAUUCAGUGCUUUCCUAUGGGGACUUCUAAUGCGCGCACAGCAUUUGUUGCGCAUUCGCAUUAGACCCGGCUUGUCCCGGGAACAGGUAAGUAACCCUUUAUUUACCGGGACGCAGAGGGAUCGGAAUGUCAGGAUUACAGAAUGAUCCAGCACGUAGAAUUGUGUAACACAGAGGACUGAUAGGUAAUGUAUACCGGACCUUAGAAUGGCCGGACUAACGUACCAAAGAAUAGUCAGGAAUAGCCAAGGUCAAGGGAUACAGAAAGAGAUACAAGUCAAAAAACAAUGCCAAAGUCAAAUAACCAGAAUUACCAGAAUCAAUAACGCGCUCUCGGACAACCACAAGGGAAACCACGACAGGGCACUGAGCAGGAUGAGAACUGGGCCUAAAUACCCCUCCUCUAGGUCUGAUAGGCUGUAACCGGCCUAUGACCCCAAAGGCAGUUACCAGGUUCUCAUUUGCAUAAUUGCUGCUCAGCAUUAACCCUUCUAUGGAUUUGGUUGCUGCUUGGCACAACUUUUCCUGUGUGGACAGUAAAUGUCAUUAACCACAUUUUUAUAAGCGGAUGAAUACGUGACACGGUAGUGCCAGGAAUACAGCUUUGUAUUCCUGGCACUACAGUAUCCCUUUAAGUUCUCUUUUUUUUAAUUCAAUCUAAUGUUGCCUGUGCAACAUAUUGCAAAGGUGACUUCCGUAGCCCUUACUUUUUAUAGCACAUAUUCCUAUAUGUGCUAUAAAAAGUAAGGGCUACGGAAGUCUUUAAUAAUGGAAACUACUUGUGUAUCGACGCAUGCACCCAGAAGACCGUAAAUAACCUUAGCCAUCUGCAACUUAUCAACACUGUGUUAUCACAGGAUAUUCAAAUUUUAGAGGAUGUAGGGUUUGAUGGUAACUAAGGAAGCUAUUUUUCACGUUUGAUAUUGCAAUGAAAUGUGGAAUAACUGAAAUGCUUCAAAAUCAGCAGAUAACUAUGCAUAAUAGACAGGCAAAACGUAUUAACAAUCUGGCGGGAUAAUAUAUUUUUGCUGGCGUUUACGUCCGUAAUGUGAAUCAGGAAAACACAGCUAAAUUUGGUGUGUUUAUUUUUAUCCUACAGGAUGGUCACAGAACCUUCCUUCUGCUGUUUGUCUGGUAAUUCAUUACUCUCUCUCCUCCCCUUCUAAAGCCAAAUAAAGCACUUUGUCAGGAUAAUUUCAUGGAAACAUAGAUUUGAGCAGCAGAUUAGUCAGCAGGCCCAUCUAGAAUUCUUGAUUAGAGUUUAUUUUAUUCCUUGUUCCUGUAUUUUUUUAAUUUUGUUCUCUCAUUGACCCUACUUAUGCAUGUACAGCUCUUCUUAUAAUGUUCUCUGCCCUAUUAAUGUAAAAUAAAUUAGGCAGUACAAUGUUUAGUAUUAUUGAGAUAUUUGUAAGGUUGUAGCAAAUUUCCAAAAAUCUUUGUGUGUAAAUGUACAUUUGUACUUCUUAAAGAAUGAGGUGUGUUUUGUGGAGAAUCUUGUCAUCUCUCGUGUUUAUGUUGUGCUGGUUAUCUUAUGGGCAUUGCUGUGAUGUUUUAUUAAAUGGUUCGAUUAAAAUAGUUGCAUGCCAUGACUUUCCCAGAAACUCCUGAAAAAAAGAUAAAUCAAGAUAAUAACAGAUUGUUCCAAGCCCAUGGCUGUGCCUUGGCAUCUUCUUAAAAUUUUCCGAUGCUUGCGAAAGGAGGCUCCACCUUAACAAGGUUAUCCUAUAUGGUGCUGUUUUUAGGUUCCAACGUUGGCUUUACAAAAUACAUUUGUUUGUUGUGGGACAUGCCGUAACAUAGCUUUAAUAUUUAGAACUCCAAAGGAAACCAUUUCAAUUGCUCUGAUACAUCAGUGUAUUUUAUUGUUACUGACCCUGAACAUGAGGUCAGUUGUAUCUAUCCUUGGAACUUGCACAGUUUCUCUGGUAACUUUUUUUAUAUAGCACUCAAAGUAAAACUAGUUUCACUGUUGCUUUGAUUUAUGGAAUGGAUUUUGAAAUUCCAAUAGAUUUCAUCUUCACCUUGUGAUUAGUUUUGUGUAAGAAACUGGGUGAUGGGAAAAUAUACUGCUUACAGCUGACAUUUAUUUAAAGAUUUGUUCUCUGACUACAAGGAUGAUCCUGUGACCUCUCUUGGCCACUUGUAUUACAACUCACAUCCAUACAUGUGCCUCUAAUUAAUCAUUAACAGUCCCGACCAUCCUGGACAGCAGUGAUGCCAAACUCCAUUGCUUUUAUUCUAUUGCAGGGGUAGGUAACGUGCGACAUGAAAUAUUUUGUGAACUGCAUCUCCCUUGAUGCUUUGCGAAGAUUAUAGCUGUAAGAGCAUUAUGAGAGUUGUAAUUCACAACACCUAGAGUGCCGACGUUUGCCGUUUCCCUGCCCUAUUGUGCAUUGACGUUGUGAAUGUGUUGGUAUAAUAUUCAAAUUAUUAAAGGGACACUAUGUUCACCAGAACAACUACAGCUUAUUGUAUUUGUUCUGGGGAGUAUAAUAAUUCCCUUCAGACUUUUUGAAUUUUUUUUUCAUAGAAAAUGCAGUGUUUACAUUACAGCCUAGUGACCACUCCACUGGGCACUCCUCAUAUGGCUACUAAAGGUGCUUCCUGGGUCAGUCCUGUACAUUAUUAUGAUUAUUUAUAUAGCGCCAACUAAUUCUGCAGCACUUUACAAUAUUAUGAAGGGGGGUGGGGGGAAUUUACAAUAUUAUGAAAGGGGAAUUUACAAUAAAUGAGACAAUUACACAGUGACACAGGAACAAUAUGUCAUUAUGUGUGUCCUCCCUCUGCAUGCAGACACUGAACUUUCCUCAUAGAGAUGCAUUGAUUCAAUUCAUCUCUAUGGGGAGAUGCUGAUUGGCCAGGGCUGUGUUUGGCUUGUGCUGGCUCUGCCCCUAAAUUGCCUCAUUGACUGUCUCAGAAGGCUUUCCUAUCUGAAAGGAUUAUGAUUUUCUAAAAGAGAAUCCCUUCUAAUGAUGUUAGACAAGCAGGCAGAUCUUGAUCUCUAUGGGGAAUAUUCAGCUCCUCCAUGCAGAGCGUGGAGACUCUGAAAGUCAGUGCUGCAUUCAGGAAGCACCUUUAGUCGUCGUCUAAGGAGUGGUUACUAGGCAGUAAUGUAAACUACUUUUUCUCUGAAAAAGCGUGCUUACCUUAAAAAGCCUGCAAGGACAGGUUAUAGACAUUAAGCUGUAGUGGUUCUGGUGACUAUAUUGUCCCUUUAUUUGUCGUUAAAUUUGUCGAUGGCUGUUCAUCAUGGCUGCUUACUUGCUAAUCUUCUUUACCCAAACAGAUUUUUGAUUCUAGUUUUAAAAAUUAAAGUGCGUUUUGGAAUUUGCGUGUGUAUGUAUGAGUUUAUAGGUCUUCUCACUGAGCCAAUUUUUCAGGUAUAAACCCUAAUCCAAUUGCCAGGUUUUAAGUAAAUACCUGUAAUCUAGACAUAAUUUAUUGUUCAUGGAAUACUCAGAUCAUUUGUCUUGACAUAUGAACAAGCUGUUCUUUGGUUCAGGCUCAGAGCUGUAUUAUGCAGACUCACGGUUAUUAAAAGAGGAGUUGCCUGUUCUUAAUUAUCAUAAUUGGCACGUUUACGCUGUUUAUUCAUGGUUUGAUAUUCGCCCCUGUCUUUCUGUAUUUUAAUGCUUGCAGAUAAGCAAUUUUAUUUCCAUAUGAAAAAGCUACUAGCAGACAGUGCAUUACAAACAUUCCAUCCAAUCUAUUCAAAUGCUAGUGAUUCCAGUAGGGGGUCUGAGCGAAGACCUCGAUUAGAAUACAUCUACAGCAAGCCAGACUCCACUUUAAUGCAGAUGUACUAACAGAUCUUACAAUCCUCACAAGCUGACAAAGUUUAUAAAUGUUUAUUACAUAUUUUGCAAAAAAAUAAUAAUUUUCCUUUACUUUAUUAUUGGUUUGUGUAUUUGUUCAAAAGUGUUUGCUGGGUUAGAAAAAGAAUAAUUGGCAAGUGAUGCCUUUCCCUUCAAAUAUACAAUUUCUUUGUCAAUUAGCCAUAAUUCUUGGUUUAGUGAAUAAAUCAAUGGGUUUUUUUUCUUCAUUUUAAAGAAGCAAGGUUAAGCCAAGUAACAAUACAAUUUCUAUUUUCUUCUCAGGCAAGCCAUCAACCCUCCUUUGGCCUUCUUUUUGAUAUUGAUGGGGUGCUGGUGAGAGGGAAGACCCCAAUUCCUGCUGCAAAGAAAGCUUUUCAGAAGCUGGUUGAUAAUAAGGGCCAGUUCCUUGUGCCAGUCGUCUUUGUUACAAAUGCCGGAAAUUGCUUGCGUCAGACUAAAGCAGACCAGUUGUCAAACCUUCUGGGAGUUCCUGUGAGUUACAAUUUGUAUCAGUUUAUAUUGGAAUAUAUAUAUAUAUUGUCCCGGUCUUUUGAUGCUCCGGUGCUGUCUCCAACCAAAUUGUAUACAAUACCAGUAGAGAGCACUCGGGAGUCUUUCAAGGUAAAUUUCAUCUGUUGCUUUAUUGAGCAAUUACAAAUUCACACAACGUUCCAGUUGUAGACUGGAACGUUGACUGGAACGUUGUGUGAAUUUGUAAUUGCUCAAUAAAGCAACAGAUGAAAUUUACCUUGAAAGACUCCUGAGUGCUCUCUACUGGUAUUGUGUGUGUGUGUGUGUGUGUGUGUGUGUGUGUGUGUAUAUAUGUGUGUGUGUGUGUGUGUGUGUGUAUAUAUAUAUAUAUAUAUAUAUAUAUAUAUAUAUAUAUAUAUAUAUAUAUAUAUAUAUAUAUAUAUAUAUAUAUAUAUAUAUACAUAUACACACACAAUAGAAAAUAAAGGGAGCACUCUAGGACUUCUUCUGAGUGGAAAAAAGUAGUAUUUACUGUAUCAUAAAGUAAUACAUAUCCUGUGCAAAGUACAGAAAAUCAACGUUUCGACCCUCCUGGGGUCUUUAUCAAGAUCAAGAUUACCUAUUUUUCUGUAUGUAUGUAUAUACAAAAUAUAAUUUUUUUAUUUUUUUUUAAAAUGUUUUAUUUAUGAAAGAUUAAUAUGCCUAUGCCCAGUUUUUGUGCACCUGUGCCUUGGGGGGAGGAAAACACAUCAGCCUUUCACCCUUUUAGGAUGUGACAGGGGGCAUAUGUGGCUUUCCUGGCAUUUUUAUACUUUAUAAGGCAUCGACAUAAACCUUGUGAUGAGCCCCCUUCAGGAAGCUGCUUGGCCAAUCAGGGGUGUGGCAGAAACAAUGCUCUAUGCACAGCCUCAGUUGAGAUCAGAGCAGGAGUUUAUAGGAUUUGUAGUUUAGUAAUCUGCUUUGCAUUUCUGAAAGCUGGUAGCUGAACUACAACUCCCAAAUAUAUUUGCUGUUCUUCUUGAUAUGUACAACUGUUUUACUGGACACUGUACAUUAGGAAGGAGAGAGAGAAAAAUGUACACCAUGUGGGAAAGGGCAAAAAGGAAAUAUCUUGUAAUGGAGGCAGGGUUAAGAUGCACAAAGCUGCUUUAUUUUCUAUUUUAGAGUGUUAGUUUUUGUAACCUAAAAAUUAAAUGUGGAAAAAUCAAGCCAAUUUUUAGGCCCCAAACUAUAAAGUGUAAAUAUGUUUUGUUGCCUGGAGUAUACCUUUUAAUCACCCUUUCGAUCCCCUAGGAAAUAAUAAUUUUUAAUUUUAUUCUCUACAGAUCUCGCAGGAGCAGGUCAUGAUGUCUCACAGUCCUUUGCGAAUUUUUAAGCAAUACCACCACAAAUGUGUCCUGGUAUCUGGACAAGGCCCCAUCCUGGAUAUUGCCAAAUAGUAUCCUUUUCUUUUUGCAAUAUGCUAUUAUAAACAGUGGUUUUUUUUUUUAUUUUUUUUUUUUUUUUUACUAAGGAAUUCAUUUUGUUAAAUUUGAAAACUGAAUUUUAAAAUGUCAGUAAUUCAGCUAUAAUUUUUUGGGGGCUAGAUUUUUAUAAAUUGGUUUUCAACUCAUAAUAAUUGUAUGUAUUUAAAGGACCCACGCGAUGAUCUCAAUGUGCUGUAGAACCCCUGCUAAAUAUAAAACUUCCCAAAGAUGCUAUUUAGUUAUUGUGGAAGGACUGUAUCUUCAUGGCUGCUUUGAUCUGGGGGUCGAGACCCCUAAUUUUACCCCAAAAAACUGGGAAAACUUAUUGACUAGGGUGGGAAAUGCAGCAGCUACUGGUAAAUUUCUAAAUAAAAUUAUAUCCCCCAAAAAUUAUAUUAAUUUAAUAUUUAUUUACAGUGUGUGUGUAUAUAAUGCAGUGUGUUUGUAUGAAUGCGGUGUGUGUGAUGCAGAGCCUUGGUGGGCAUUUUUAUUAUUAUUUUUUUAAUUAUUUUAAUAUUAAUUUUUUUAUAUUAAUAAUUUUUUUUUUUAUAUAUUAUUAAUUUUAUUUUAUUAUUAUUUAAAUUAUUAUUUAUAUUUUUUUCGUCCCCCCUCCCUGCUUGAUACAUGGCUGGGAGGGGGACUCUCAUUCCCUGGUGGUCCAGUGGAUGGGCUGUGUAGGAGGGGGGCUGGCAGAGAGCUGUUACUUACCUUUCCUGCAGCUCCUGUCAGCUCCCUUCUCUCUCCUCCGGUCAGCUCCCACUGUAAAUCACGCGGUGUGAGUGCCGCGCGGAGCGUUGUCACGGUAACCUGUGGCAACGCUCUGACCCAGCGGCUCUCGCGAGACUUACAGUGGGAGCUGACCGGAGGAGAGAGAAGGGAGCUGACAGGAGCUGCAGGAAAGGUAAGUAACAGUUCUCUGCCAGCCCCCAACAGGACCGCUGGGCUUGUAAUGAGCCUGGCAGUCCUGGUCUGUAUUAUGGCAAUGUAAGUUGCCAUAAUACAGACACUGACUCGAGUAUAAGAUGAGUGGGGGUUUUUCAGCACAAAAAAUGUGCUGAAAAACUCGUCUUAUACUAGAGUAUAUACGGUAAUUCAGGUUUAUAGGACAGGAAAUCCUAGAUACAAAGCUUUAAGAUCAGAUUAUCCCAGGUUUUCCUUUUCUCACAAAUAUUGUGUGCACAUGUCUUUACAGUACUUGGUUAAGUGCUUCUACAGCGCAUUGAAUAAAAAUGGGCAUUGUAGGCUAGUGCGCUACCACUAGUUUAGUCACACAUCUGUAUGACAUUAGCCAAUGUGUGCGAAUAGAACCUUGCGAACCUCUGGUAUAUCUGUAAAUAUCCAGUUUGAUUUUGAAAAUAACUUUUUAUGAGUAUGUUCAAUUCAAUAUGUUUGUUUAAUUCAGUAUACCUGAGACUUUAUCUCUUUAUUGACUCCGUAGGGCAAGCAUGUCAAACUUAAAGGCUAAGACGGGCCAAAUAAACAAGGUUUACGUUUAUGCUGGCCGCAAAAACUUCAGUCUUCAUAGAAACGUAGGUUUAUUUAAAAAAAGUACAGUAUAAAAAAAAAUGCCUAACUGACACUGGACGUCAUCACGCUUGUUGGACUUCAAAGUAAACAAAAUAACACAUUUAUUUUAAGUAGAAGAGCAUUUGCAUAUAACAAACGUUUCAGUCCAACUACCUUGACAUAGUAAAAGUUUGGGACUGAAAUGGAGAAUGUAUGCUGUUGCACAGCUGUAAAAAAACAAAUUACGUUAAGUUCUAUCGGUGUGUUCUUCACUUUGGCUGAGAUCAUUGAACUUGAUGAUCUCAGCCAAUCCAAUGCUUUCCAAUAGGAAAGCAUUGGGAGGCUAUUGUGCAUGUGUGGCAAAAAGCAGCGCAGACAAACAGCAUCUCCAUGGGGAGUGUUCAGCUCCUCCAUGCAGACCCAAUCUAACACACUGCCCCUCUUCCCAAUCUAAUACACUGCUCACAAAUCCAAUACAUUGCCCCCUUCUCUCCACUGUAAUACACUGCCCCUUAAUCUAAUACAUUGCCCCUCCUCCCUCUGCUUUAAUUGAAUACAUUUCCCCCCUACCCCUAAUUUAACACACUGCCCCCCACCACCCUAAUACAUUGGUUCCCUCCCUCCCUCAAAUAAAUAAAUACACUGCCACCCCUCACCAAGUUAAUACACUGUCCCUUCCCUCUCUUAAAUUAAUUCACUGCCCUCCCUUCACCCCCCACUACUCAAAUACACUGGCCCCCUUCCUUCCUCAAAUAAAUACACUACCCUCUCCUUCCUUCAAAAACACUGCCCCUGCUGUCUGUCCUCCAGCCCUGCUCAAGUAGGCCAGACAUUCCUCUGGCACUGCGAGCAGGAGGGAAGGGGGAGUGGCUGGCACUGCGAGCAGGAGGGAAGGGGGAGUGGCUGGCACUGCGAGCAGGAGGGAAGGGGGAGUGGCUGCUCUGGUCUGCUCUGACACACAGCCACACUGCCCUCUUGUGGCCGGGAGAGCAAGAAUCUGGAAAUAUUUUUCCUGUCUUGCGGCUGGUCGCAGACACAGAUGAAAACGGCCCCAGGGCAGCCAGGGCGCAAAAAUAAACAUUGUGGGUAGUGAUGUCGCGAAUGGUUCGCCCCGAACGGUUCGCCGCGGACUCAUCAUUGAGUAAACUUUGACCCUGUACCUCACAGUCAGCAGACACAUUCCAGCCAAUCAGCAGCAGACCCUCCCUCCCACCUCCUGGACAGCUCACUAAUAAUGCAGCUUCACAAUGAAUGUAAAAUGGAUGCUGUCCAGGAGGUGGGAGGGUCUGCUGCUGAUUGGCUGGAAUGUGUCUGCUGACUGUGAGGUACAGGGUCAAAGUUUACUCAAUGAUGAGUCCGCGGCAAACCGUUCGGGACAUCACUAAUUGUGGGCCUUAUGCGGCCUGCGGGCCACAUGUUUGACAUGCUUGCCAUAGGGCAAAACUUGGGUUUUACCUUUGUAUACAUGUUGGUCAUUUUAUUAUCUAUAUAGCGCCAGCAAAUUCCGUAGCGCUGUAUAAUGGUUAAUACCAUUAUAAUUUGACAUUGGCUAAUGUACUUUGAUAUUCAUCAUUGAUGAUUUUGUCACCUAUAAGAUCCUAAAAAUAAUCUUGUGCUAGGUUAGUGGAUUUUGUUUUAUUCCCAUCUUUUUAUUACCUUUAACUAAUAAUCUACAGUUUAGGAUUUUCUAAUCCGAUCACAGUUGACUCUGUUCGGGAGUCCUUGCCUUUCCUCGAUAUGGUGGAUCAUAGUCGGAGACCAAAGAUUCUGGUUAGUAUUGUGUUUCUCUUGUAAAGAAGUAGUCUGCACUGAAAUAAUUAGUAAUAAUAAAUUACAUGAAUUCCAGGAUAGCUAAGAUCAGUUAGGGCAAGAAUGUGUAAAAAAUUUAGUGCAGUUACAGGAAUGUAUUUCUAAGAACUUAAUAUUCAUUAAUUUGUCCUGAUUACCGCAUAUGUCAAUGUGGAACAAUUGCAGAAUUUGGUAUGUUUAUGUUCUAGGUUUAACAGUCAUCACUGAAAGGGGUUGGGGGGAAAUGCUUUGAAAAAGUAUAUUAUAUAAAGAAGACAUUGAGGGGUAUUUUAAUAUUUUUUACAUAGCUAUUUAACAACCAAUCUCUGUUAAAGUUACAGAUCGAUACAAGAGACCUGACCAUUUCAGUCUCUUUACAAUUAGAAGUUUGAGAGAUGGAUUUGACAGCAUACGUCUCAUAUUUGGAGCAUUAUAGCAGUCUGUUAGGUCUUAGAGGGGUAAUUUGAAUAGGCAAAGUAGACACUUCACGGUAUUUCAUAUAGUAUACAUUUUUGCCUUAUGUUUCUUUUAUAUUACUCUACACUAAAUAUUAUUAUUAUUACGAGUUGUAAAAAAAAUUAAAGGGUAGAAUUAUUUUUAAAAAGGUCUCUUAAAGCUGGCCAAUAUUUAAAUGUUUCUCACUAAAUUGUUAGGUGUGCGUUGAGGAGCCCUGAUGUAGAUGUUUUAUCAGUCUUUGAUAAAACGUCUACGUAGACGUGAAACGCGUUUAGGUUCACUCUAGGAUCCCCCCGCAUCUUCUAUCCCAUGUGACGAUAUUUUAAGUCUUGGAAAUGUUAUCUUUGCAUUAUACUUUUGGUGGGUUUGCACUUAUUCCUAUUAAAUUUGCACAGCAAGGAAUGCUAGCCUUAUUUCUUUACGCAUCUGCUUCAGUGAGGUGUACCAAAUGGCAACCCUUAUUAGUAGGUACCAGAUUUUAUUAUUCACCAUUGAAACUCAUGUGGUAGAGUAGCAUAUCACUCACCCCUCCCCAGUUACCCAUUAAGGUUCGAUGUUCUACCCCAACAAACGACUUUGAAUUAGAGGUGAUUACUGCUUAUUUUGUAUGUUCUAUGAUAGAGAGGAAUUACAGGUACAGUGAUGAGUGUACCUUGUCGUUGCAACUGGAUAAUAUGCCUGAGAGCUUCUAAUGAUACCACAGAACUGGGCAUUAACCGCUUAGCUAUUCUAAACAUUGCUAUGAUUUCUCCCCCACCCCAAUUUCCCCCUUACUACUGAUGUACACUGUGUAACAAACCUCUACUUGCCACCUUUUGUUACUAUAGACCUGUGUACAUUACUGUAAACUGUCAUGCUGUUUAUUUACAGCGCUAUGGAAUUUGCUGGUGCUAUAUAAAUAAUAAAAUAUUAAUAAUUUCUGUGUUUUCUCUGCUAAUACACCUUGAAAUAGAAACGAAAUAUUUGAAAAACAAACAAAAAAACAGCUGUUUAUUACUGUAAUAUAAAUUCCAACUGCAGUUAAAACUGAUGGACAAAUGGGUACAGUACAGAAACUUCCUACCGCUUGGGCCUGUGAAAAUAUAUAAAACUGUUUUCAUGUAUCUUAUUUAUUCAUAAUUCAAAGUGACUCACUUGUGUGCUUUUCCUUGCAGCCAUCUACAGCAGCGAAUAUUCCCAAGAUAGACGGUCAGUAUUCCUUUGCCUAAUGACUUUACCAAAAUCUUAAAUGGGACUGCAUAUUUUUGUAUGAGAAAAGUACAAUUAAACCUCUUGUGAUAAACAAAUUGUCAGGAUAACAUUAAGAUUUCCCUAACUCUUGUCAUAGAGUGGGGGGAGGGGGUUAAAUUUCAACUUUAAACGUGCAAAUAAAGGCUGUUCGUGACCAUCUUAAGAACAAAGUACUUGCCUUUUUAAUUGGCAAAUUAAAAUCCAAAUGGCAAAAUCGAGGAUAAAACAACUGAUCAAUAAACAUUUUCCAACUCCACUAUAGUCACAGCUGGGCCUCAUUUUGCAGUUCACAUUUUAAUUUGCUAUAAUUCAGAGAUUCAUAAAUAAACACCAGUCAAAGUUCUCAGAGUACUGAUACUUUGUUUCGUAUGUAAAAGACUACAGAACUGCCGGGAAUCAUAUUUAAGGGUUUUUUGUUUUUCUUCUUGGAUGGAAAACCAUAAGGGACAGUGUGUUUUUCCUUUUUAUUGCCACAUUGUAUCGUGUUUGGUUAUUUUCUCUUCGUUGCCAUAUCUGUAUCCAGAUCACUGUGAUGGUUUUCUGGAUAUGAGGCAGAACUCUGUCUAUACUAUUGAAAGAUCAUGAUGACAAUCUUUUGUGUUUUGAAGAGGCAGGAUUAAAGUAGGACAGAGGCAGAAUUUCAAAUGAAGCUCCAAAUCAAAAAAUGGAUCUUCAAUGUAGCUAUACCUCUCCCAUGCCUCCUGGAACACACCAGAUUGUAGUCUACGCAUUUGGUUUCAAGAUUUGACAGUCAUAAUCAGGUGCUGUCUGACCAUUUUAAUGUAUUUUUUAUUUAUUUUUUUUAAAUAUAAUUUUCUACCUGGGAAAAUGUUAAAGGAACACUCAAAGGACAAUCUCUAUAAACUCUCAAUGUAGUGGAGUUUCCUGGCACUCACCCCCGUUUUAAGAAGUGAAACCACUUUAUAAAGGCUCUAUGUACCUGGGGCCUGCCGGAUGCUGAUGUUCCUUGUCUCCAAUACGGACAGUGGGGAGCUUGAAGCUCUGUCAUUGGCUCAGAGCGAUUGUCACGAGCGUGUGACCAGCCGAGACAGUGGGGAGAAUGUGAAAGGGUUAAUGACACCAGACCCCUUGGUUACCUGUUGCUAGUCCCAGCAACCACUAAAUUAACCCCUGCAAUCCCUUCUACACUAACACCCUAGUACACACUUUACUGCCACCACCAAGACUUUAUAUCCAGGCUUCUUGGGUUAACCCACACACAGUAGAAUUAUUGUAUCACAACCUUACUUUACUGAUCAGACCUAUAUAAUUUACCCUUUUGGUAACGUGUUUACCCUAGUUUUCCUCAGAAGAGAGGACAGAAGCUGAUUUAAAGGACCACUAUAGUGCCAGGAAAACAUACUCGUUUUCCUGGCACUAUAGUGCCCUGAGGGUACCCCUUAUAUAUAAUUGUUGUGGGAGAUUCAGAUGUUACAGGUCUCCAAGUAGUUGUUGAAAAAAUAAAUCUCUUCAAUAUAUAUAUCUUUUAAACUAGUUGUUUCUAAGUGGGCAGACCCCUGGGUGGAUCAGAGGGGUUUGGCCUGGCAGUUUAUUGCCCAUUCCAUAUUUUCUUAAAUUAUGUUGUCCUUUGAAGAACCCAAAGUCUGCCCUAUGUCCAGCUCUGGUGAUGGUUAUAUAGUAGUUUUAUGGCUUAGGCCUGGUGUAAGAUCAAAGCCCACAAUAAAUGUUAUCCCAACAUGUACAAAAACAACUCAUAGCAUAUAUCAAAUGCCAAUUAAUGCUUUGGCGUGACCGCGAUCUUCUUAGGAGCUUCCAUGUCUUCAUCAGUAGUGGAGGCAGGGAACAGUGCUUGGCAGAUCCCAGGUAAGCAGUCAAACCAUUUUAAAUCAAUUUUGAUUGCCAAGUUCUGAUCCAAAGUGGAAAUGAGAGGAGCAAGGGCACUUUUUGGUUAUCUCUAUCUCUAUCUAGAUAGAUCUCUAUCUCUAUGCAUGUGGUGUUGCUUUAAAUCAGUGUAUUAGGUAGCACUCAGUCCAAGGAGUUCAGACCGAUUCUCUUGUAACAAUAGAUUUAUCACCUACAGCUGUGAUACUUUUUGGUGAACCAAUUAGAUGGGAGUCCAACCUCCAAAUCAUUAUUGAUGUCUUAUUGACUGGAGGAUCCCCAGCAAACUCUCACCAGUCUGCCAGUACGCCCCAUAUACCUCUUCUCGCUUGUAACAUGGAUCUGAUGUGGAUGUCAGAGGCAAGGUCACCAAGGUAAGCUAGAAGUGAUCUGUAGAUUUCACUUCUGAAGUUGGCACACUGGUCAAACUGCUAUUACAGUGCCAGAAACCGUUUUCUCAACUGCUAGUUUUCCUGUAAAAGCACUAUGGUGCUACUUGAACAAUGUGCUGGUAAUUCAAAAGAGGCACUGUCAUGCCGAACUUACCUUUACCCAAUCACUUACUCUUCUCUUCCUCUCUCAGAAUCUACUUUUCUUUCUAUCUGUCUUAUGUUUUAAAGAAAGCCUGGGGCUGCUCACUAUUCAACUAAACUGGGGACAUCAACCUCCCCCUUCUCCCCUCCUCCUGCCAAUUCAGGUUGGGGCCCUAAAACACAAUGCAAGGGGCUUGUUGCCCUGGCCCCCACCUAUGAGUGGCAAGUUUAGGCCCUAAAUGACAAUUGGGGGAGGACCUAUUGUCCCCUGCCCAUGGGUGACAGGUGGGGUCUAAAUGUAUAAAUACCCCUCCCCAGGUGACUAGGGGCCCCCAUUUAUCCCCCCACCGAAAAAAAAUAAAGCUCUACCUACCCACCUCACCCUAAAAAUAGUGAGAGGGGGAGGGGGGGGGGGGAAAUACAACUAGAUACCUGUAAAUAGAAAAUCUUUUAAAAUGUCUUCCUUUUCAUAAAACCUUCUUUUCUCAGCCCCCAAAAAGGCCAAAAUAAAAUAAAUAAUUCCUGUCGAACUUCUAAAAUGAAAACCUGAGCGCAAAAAAAAAAUCCCAACGCUAAAAUGAGCUCCGCAGGGCAGGGAAAGGCUUAUAAAGCCUUCUCACACCCUGCAAUUUGACUCUGAGCGCUCUGAUUGGAUGGUUUAAGCCAACCAUUAAGAGUGCUCUGAUAAAAUGGUGAGCCUGAUUGGAAAGGUUAAAGGAACUUAACAUGUAUAGCUUGGAGGAAAGACGAGACAGUGGGGAUAUGAGAGAAACAUUUAAAUACAUAAAGGGAAUCAACACAGUAAAAGAGGAGACUAUAUUUAAAAGAAGAAAAAUUACCACAACAGGAAGUAUUACUUUACUGAGAGGGUAGUGGAUGCAUGGAAUAGCCUUCCAGCUGAAGUGGUAGAGGUUAACACAGUAAAGGAGUUUUAGCAUGUGUGGAAUAGGCAUGAGGCUAUCCUAGCUGUAAGAUAAGAAUCAUUCGGCCCAUCUAGUCUGCCCAAUUUUCUAAAUACUUUCAUUAGUCCCUAGUCUUAUCUGCCGUCACAUUCUAUGUUUCUGUAUGAUUGGUUACCUGUAAGGCUCACUAUUUACCUAGAUGACUAGACGAAAUUCCCGUCUGAAUUUCAGACAAUAGCGAAUGCCUAAAUGUUUAACUGGGCAUGCGCAGGAAUCUUACAGUGCUAUUUAGUGUGGGCAGAUGACUUGUCCCACAGGGCCUUCAUCUGCCCACACAAAGAUGGUGGUGCCCAGGACCUAGGCCCGGGCAUAAAAUAUUUUAGAAUUGUAUUUUUCUUUAAGUGGUUGCCAACCCAGAGAGCAAUAAACCCGUAACGGUGAAAUUUUUAUUUCAUUGUUAGUACAAGACAUUUUAGUUACAAUGAUCUUCGUGAUAAGAGAAAUAAAUCGUAAUCAUCUGGUUUCAGGUUUGGCCACGGGAUAUUUAUGCUUUGCCUGGAAAACAUCUACAAAAAGAUUACAGGAAAAGAACUCAAAUAUGAAGCCUUAAUGGGGAAGCCAAGUGAGAUCACCUAUCACUAUGCAGAGUACCUGAUCCGAUUACAGGCAGCAUCGAUGCGCUGGAGCAAGCCAGUUCAGACUCUCUAUGCUAUUGGGUAAGAUAUUGGUACAUUGCACCUGGAACACUUAUUUGCUGUUUUAACCAUCUUCCCACCUCCUGCAUUCUGUAGUCACCCGUGUAUGCAUAGUAACAAGUGGAUAACCACACCUGUUUGAGAUGACAGGCUUCUUUAUCCUAGUACUCAAUUUAGUUUUUGUGGGGUUUUUUGUUGUUGUUUUUUUUCUUCACAUUUGAAGAUUUUAUUAGCCUUCUUUCAUUGUGACACAGUACAAUAGAAAAUCAUAAAUUUCGUUGGACACUUAGUCACCAGAACCACUGCAGGUUGAUCCCUAUUAAGCUAAAGUUAUUUUGAUAUAACUUAAUAAUGAGAUGGCACCAGGUUACAUAAAGGACCACUCCACGCUUGAAGUACUUUAUGUAAAAUCUGGAUCAGUGCAUGCGUAUACAAAACUUUAAAACCAUUUUGAAACAAUCUUACAGCAUAUAUAACUUUUAACAAUGUGGGUUAGGACCCACUUCUUCGGGGGGUGUAUUUUGUAAGCAGCGGUGCGCUUAAAACAAUAUAGCCAUAUGUUGUGACGAAAUCCCACAUGAGACAGGCUUUGGACUGCAAUUAGAUCCCGUGUGACUCUCUUUUUAUCAUUUUUACAGGGAUAACCUAAUGACUGAUAUAUAUGGUGCUAAUCUUUACAACCGUCAUCUUCAGGAAAGCAACUCUAGAAAAACCUCAGAAACCUUAGUCCAAGCUGCAUCUGGUGCGGGCUUGGCCACGGUCUCCCAGGAAGAGGAUCCAGCCUGGGAGAAUGAACUAUCUUUUCCCUCUGCCACACGCUGCCACUCGGUCCUGGUUUGCACUGGGAUUUAUAACCCUCACACUAAAGUGCCUACAAAUACCUCUCAGUCUGUUACAGAGACCGUUUUUCACGGUCAUAGGGAUUUCAGGCUUGAACCAGAACUGGUGGAACCAGGACACAUAGUUGAUGAUGUUGAUGCUGCUGUAGAUCUGAUUUUUAAGCUUGAAACAUUUCUACCAAACGGUGGUAACCAGACUGCAUAGAGAGAACCUAAAACCAGAUGUAACCUCAGACCGCAUAUCUGUCAUCUUCUAUGCUGAUUUUUUUUUUUUUAACUUAACGUGUGUGUGUGUGUGUGUGUGUGUGUGUGUACAUUUUUUAUAUAUAUAUAUAUAUAUAUAUAUAUAUAUAUA